CAAGUACACAUGACCUCAUCCGUACAACCGACUUGAACCGAAGUACCUUUCUUCUGAUUGAAACAUUCCUAAGAACUGAAAACAGAGCCGACAAAAGCAAGAAGGGUCUUUGUCUGAGACGAAAGCUAUGGGGCUAGAAGAUGCUGGAGAUUUGGUUCUCCACACCGUAUUCUCCAAAAUCGGUCCUGAAAGCACCGCCAGAGUGGCUUGUGUCAGUAAACGCCUUCAGGUUUCCGCCUCCGAGGAAUCUCUCUGGUCGAUCUUUUGUUCCCGUGAUCUUAAUAUCUCUUCUCCACUCGAUCCCCAUGGAGAUCUUGGGCCUUCCUUCAAGACAGCAUAUCAGUUGUGGAGGGAGUCAUUUAGAAUGUACCCAUGGGAGCUCGUUAAACGAGUUAGACUCUGUUGGGACAACCUCAAACUAUGGUUGAGCUUAAACUUCCCUGAAGCAAAGGCAACACUGAGGAAAGGUGCCACAGAAGAUGAUCUUCAAGAAUUGGAGACUGUUCUCAAAGUGAAGCUUCCUCUUGCCACAAGGCUUCUCUACCGUUUCGUUGAUGGUCAAGAGCUUUCUUCCUCCAAUGGGCUUGAUGGGUAUUUGGGGAUUAUAGGUGGCUAUUCUGUUUACUCUCAUGAAGUUAAUGUCUACUUGCUACCUCUUAAGAAAAUGAUAAGGGAGACAAAGGUAGCCAUUCGCCACCUCAAUUCCUCGAGCAUUUCAAACCUUGUCAUUGUGGCUGCAUCCGUCGUGGCCAGUCUGAAAAUCUUUUUCCUAGACUGCACAAACGGACAGCUUUACACUGUGACAAGUAACCGCCAAUUACUUCCUUGUGUACCCGAUUCUUUGGUUCACGAUAUCAACGGCGAUCAGAAACAGGAUGCCUUGCUGCUUUGGUUGGAAGAACAUGGCAGGCGAUUACAAACCGGCGCUAUAAAAAUCCGUGAAGAGGAAAAUAUCAAAAGUAUCAGUUUGUUCCCGGAAUUUCCUCCCUUGUGCUCUAUCGCCAUAACUAAUGGUGUGCAGGUACGUGCUUCGUCUGUUUUUAUUCCGGAAAUAUCUAAUCUUCGGGAUCAGCCACCGGCAUACUGGUAUGCAUAUUCAAUCCGGAUGUCUCUGGUGCCAGAAGGAUGCAUCUUGAAGGGGACACAUCAUAGCUCUUGCCAACUGUAUUGGAGACAUUGGGUUAUCCGAGCUGAUAAUGAAGUGAUAGAUAAUGUUAAUGGAGAAGCUGUGAUAGGAAAGUACCCGCUCUUACAAGCCGGAGAGGAAGAGUUUGUGUAUGAGAGUUGUUCCAGUUUUCCAACAACAGCUGGAGCCAUUGAAGGCUCUUUCACCUUUGUGCCUGGAAGUUUGAGAGAUCCAAAAGGGAGUCAAUUUGAAGUCAAAGUCGCAGAGUUUUCUCUGGAGUUACCUGACUACAUCUUCUGAACUAUUUUCUGGCUCAAGGUUUGUUACUCUCUCGAGAUUUUAUGUUAUAUCGGUUUUCAUUGUCCAUACAACAUGCAAUGUACUUUAAAAACAAAGGUGUUGGAUCAACUGGUUUACAAGUUCAUAAGAACAGAUUAUUCUUA